AUGUUCUUUAUACCUUCCAUAUUGAUGAAAAGGAAUGAACCAUUAUCUGUCAUUUGGCGAAUUGUAUUUGAUGAGAAAUGGCGACCACCACGAAAAAUUAUUUUAGAGAUAAAUAUAGAAAGGGCUUGCGAACUUCUUAUUGGAAAAAUACCAAAUGGUAAUCCGGGUGAAAUUAAAUUUUCUCUCUAUCUACUUGCACAACUUUCUUAUGGCAUUGCAUUAAUUGUACAAAAACGCGGAGAUAUUCUAUGCAGAGAUAUGGAAACAUUUAUUCCAAUUAUACGCCGCUAUCAAUAUGAGAAUGAAGAUGAAUCUACUAUGAAAGGUAAGAAAGAUCGGAAGAAACGUGCACCAAAACGAAAUGAUUUUCUUAUUUUGGAUUCUUCAUUUGAGACUAUUGAAAGUGAACAUUUGAAGAUCGUACUCGAUUACAGCGCAAUUACAUUACAUGAAGAUAUACCACUUCCAGAAAUUGACACUCUGUUUAAUGAUGAUUUUGGACCGCUAACUGAAGCUGAAGCUCAACAAAUGGAAGCUCUUUUGAAAGACGAUAGCGAGCAUAUUGAAAGAAAAUCAAAAAGCAUAAAUGAAUCCAAAGAAAUUGUGAAUAUAAUUCCUGAAACAUUAGCGAAUGAGGCAGAUAUUAAUAAAGCGACACAUGAAGCAUUUGAAAUGAUGGAAGUAAGCGACGAAAACGAGAUUCGUAAAGAGAGGCAAUACGAUUUAACAUCUGAUGAAGCUUUACAAGAACCAGAAAUCAAGCAUCCACCAUGCUUAUCAAUACUUGAAUUGAGUGAUGUUCAUGAUUCACAAAUCAUAAUUCCAAAAAAGAAACGCCGCAAGCAUGGCAUCAUUAUUGAUGAAUUAACAAUGUUCAAUAAGGCACAACUUCAAGCCCAGAUUGAUUGUAUUGAUGACCUGUUGCAUACACGUGAUGAAAUGAUUCCUCAAAUAUCAAAACGUGGAGCGGUAACAGUUCAAGAUUUAUUUGAUGUUCGUCCAAUGACAUUACGUGAAUUUGCGAAAAAUCCUAUGUCAAAUUUGGAUGCAUGGAUAUCAGCACCGGAAUAUGAUGAGCCACCACUUCAGUAUAAAGAUGCAAUGCAGUUAGAACCAAUGCAGGCGCCACCAAUGCGAACGUUACAUCAUUUUUCAGAUGGAAGAGAAACAUUAACCGACUCUACAUCACAUGAAUCCGUAAAAAUUAAUCUGCAAGAUCUGGAACGACAAACUGUUACACCAGUGAUGGAGAAUAUUGAGCAAGGACGACGAAAUACCACUUCCACGGCACCUUUUGGUAGCACACGUACCACUACCGAUCCUUCAUCACAGCUUAGAUCAGAUGGUGGAUUACCUGUUGCCUCUAGCGAAAAUCGACUAGUUGAUGAGAAAAUGAAAAUAUCCGUGGCUACCAUUUUUGAAAGAACUGCUGAAGAGGAGCGUAUGGAUGACAGUUUCACUUUGUUAGCGGAAAAACCUCGAGUGACAGAUUUAUUUUCAAAUUUGACGAUUGAAUCUGAAUUACGUGGGACGAAACUGGAAAGUAGCACUGAAAAUAUUCUUGUUGAUGAGAGAUAUUCUGAAUGUGAAAUACGUCAAGAAGAAUAUCAAAAUGAGCGGAAUAUUCCAAAGAUCUCAGUGAUGCAGGAUCGAUUUCAGUUGAAAGUUAGUAAGAGGAAAAGUACGUUGGAGACAGAUGAUAGUUCCCUUCCAAAUUACUAUCAAACACAGAGCGCUCAUGAUCUUUUUGGAUUGAUAACUGAAUUUCUCAAUUCUCACGAGGCUUCAUCUCUAUGUUUUUCGGAAUUAAUUCGUGGUCACACUGCGGUAUUUGCAGCUAAAGCUUUUACAAAUUUGUUGGAGUUGUUGGCAAAGCAAAAAGUUAAGGUCGAACAGGAGGAAAAUUUUGCCGAAAUUGUCAUUCGACUUCAAUAA